GAAGCAGGAGAUAAGACUCCAGCACAUUCAUCCAGCCGGGGAGGAGGUGACAGCACAGGCAGGACUGCAGCCCUAGUCUCCAGCACUUCAUCACACAUCUGCAGGCAUCAGGCUACAGACAUCAUGUAUGCCAAUGGCAAGGUGGCACUGGUCACUGGAGCUGCCCAGGGGAUUGGCAGAGCUAUGGUGGAGGAACUUUUGAACAAGGGAGCUGCGCUGGCGAUGGUGGACCAAAACCAGAUAGCUGGAGAGGAGUGUAAGGCCUCCCUCGAUGAGCAGUUUGGAAGUAACAGGACUUUGUUUAUCCAAUGUGAUGUCACAGACCAAGAACAGCUGAGAGAUGCAUUUCAAAAGACAGUGGACCAUUUUGGAAGGUUAGACAUCCUGGUGAACAAUGCUGGAGUAAACAAUGAAAAAGACUGGGAAAAGACUAUUGAAGUUAACUUGAUCUCAGUUAUUAGAGGAACCUAUCUUGGCUUAGAACUUAUGAACAAAAAGAAUGGAGGUCAAGGAGGAGUGAUAAUAAACAUAUCAUCUCUGGCAGGUCUCACACCAGCUGCCUACCAGCCUGUGUACUCUGCUUCAAAGCAUGGCGUAAUUGGAUUCACAAGAUCAAUAGCGGCUCUGGCAUCUAUCGGAAACUAUGGUGUGAGGGUAAACACAGUGUGUCCGGCAUUUGUAGACACGCCACUUCUAGAAUCCAUUGAGAAAGAAGAAAAUAUGGGAGAAUAUUUCCAAUACAAGGAUAACAUAAAGGACAUGAUGAAACUGUUUGGCGUGCUUGAUCCAUCACUUAUCGCACAAGGAAUGGUCAAACUUAUAGAAGAUGAAACUGCAAAUGGUGCCGUAAUGAAAAUCACAACAUCUCGAGGAAUCCAUUAUGAAGAAUUCAAUGCCCAACAAAAGACAAAAGUGUGAAGCUGCAAUGAGAAGAUUGUUCAAUGUUGAACUGUUGCUAAAGUACUUUUUCCUCUUAUGAAAAAAUAUAUAUAUAUAUAUAAUGUUUUAGUAAAGCACAAGAACUAAUGGCAUUGAUGGGAUAUAGCAUCAUAGAAAUAAAAAUCCCACAACAGAAUUUAUAAAAUUAUAUGACAACAAAGUAAAUGUCCAAGAUCCUGUACUGGCUUAUUGUGUAAAGUUGGCAGGUAAUUAGUCCCUGUUUAAUGCUCAGUUUAGUGUAGAAAGGCUGUGCAGACCCUUUAGACUGGCUAGUCUAAGUUUUGACCAUUUUUUUAGGCUUACUUUAGAUCAAAACAGUGUGCCAAAUUUUAAGUGCAAUAGUGGCGCACAGCAUCACAGUUUAGGCUGUGGCGCUAUCUGCCCAUACUUUAUUAAGAAGCUUAAUAAAGUAUAUUAUAAAGCACUGAUGGACACAAUUAGAAUGCAUAUUUUAGUUUAACAUUUUGGUCUGUGCCCCAGAUAAAAUGUUCACGGUCCCUACCAGGAGCAGGGAGAAAGCAAAAAUACUGUGCUGCUUCAACCAGCGUUGUGCACCUAUAACCUUUGCUCUCCUCCAUCCCCCAGACUGUUUACGGUCUUUAAAUUGUUGCAAGCUUUUUUUCCUGGAGCCUGUUAGUACAGAGGGUCUUCAUGGGAGGCAUCAAUUGUGCCCAUAGCGCGUAGGAUUGCUGUCUGUGCUCUGCCCCUCCCCUGCCCCUCACUGCACUGCUGAAAAGGGAAAAGGUGUCAGCACUACAGGGAGGAGGCAAGUAUAGACAAAGGGGAUAAUCUGAGUAUGUAAUCUGAGCUUGUCUAUUGUAUAUUCCUGUUCCCAAUGCGUGUGUAUGUAUAUACUUUGUAUGUAAGAGUGUAUGUAUGCAUACACUGUGUGUGAGGUGGCGUGUCUAUGACUAUACUGUGUGUAUUAGUGUAAAUACUGUGUGUGUAUUAGUGUAUAUAUUAUGUGUAUGUACAAGGGUAUAUAUUAAGUGUGUAUGAGUGUAUAUGCAGUUUGAUUUGGUAGGUUUGUUUGGACAUACAGGUAAUAGUGUGUACACACAGUAUUUGCCCAUUAUGUUACUGGUAUAGAUUGACAUUCUGUCAAAAAGAUAUUAAGCAGGACUCAAAAUAAUCUGCUGAGUCUGGGAAAUUGGCCAAAUAGUCAUUAGAUCAGGGGUUCUCAACCAGGGGUUCGCCAAGGGUUAUGGGAGGGUACGGCAAUUCGCUGACAAAUACCGGCCAUGCAUUGGCCAGUAUUUGUCAGUGCAGAGCAGGGAUUGGAUGCCACAGUUGCCACGGCAGCUCACUAUAUUGUACAGCGGCCAGAGCUGCGGCCACGGCCACUUUAUUCGAGCUGCAGUGGCUGCCGGGCCUGACGUCCCUGAUGAUGGGCAGAGGCGGCGGCACAGCGCAGAAGGAUGUCACCCGCUGCGGCCCUCCGACUCCUGCCGAAUGGGAUAGACACAGGCCUGGUGAGCAUGUUAAACGAAGUGUAACAGCACAGUAUGGGAGGGUGUUAUUGUAUGUAUCUCAUAUAUUGGCCCAGGGGGAUUGGAGGGGGGAAUAAUGGCACAAGGGGAUUAAGAUGGAGAGGGGAUAAUGGCUCAAGGAGAUUAAUAUGGAGGGGGUAAUCAUUACUCCCCCCCCCAGCCAUCUUAAUCUUGUGCCAUUAUUCUCCCCUCCCUCUGAUUCCAUUUUGCCAUUAUCCGAUUAUGGCAAAAGGCGAUCAGAGGGAGAGGGGAAUAAUGGCACAAGGGGAUUAAGUAUCACAUUAGGAAGGUAAGCACACAUCUUCAUGAAAUUAAGUACUUUUAUUACUCAUUUUGUCCGCGGGUACCCCUCGCAGGAACUUACACAUAAGGGGUACCCAUGAACAUACUUUCACCCUUUGGGGGUACAGUCACGAAAAAGGUUGAGAACCACUGCAUUAGAUGACUAUGUUCACGCCAUGAAACUGAGUGGGCCCACUAGAGGUACGCCAUGGUAUAUAUUGACAUGCCUUUUUGAAGGAAAACCAAUGUGUAACUACAACAUACCGAGUAAACACAGUAUGAAACUGACAGUAAAUGGACAUAAAUUAGUUUCUUGACUAAUAAAAAAUACAAUGAGCUGUCCUGAAUGUUAAUCUUCUUUAUGUUUAUGACAUUUCAUGAAUCAAGAAUGCACUAUUGCAUCCAGUCAUCCAUAGAGGAUAAUAUAAAAGAUUAUAGUGAAAAAAAUGAAAACUAAUCCAAGAGAAAAGUGAAGGCAUUGCCUGUAGCAGUGGAUAACAUUCCGGCUCAUGUUUUCACUGGUCCCUAUUGAGCAACCUGAUUGAUGUCUAUGAGUUACUAAACCAUGUUUCCCUGGGAUUAUGAUAAAGAAUAUCCCCAGUGUGUUGCAGCAGCACCAAAGAUGGUGUGUGCAUUGGUAUUCAACUAAAGAUCUUGAUCUAAGGUAUUAUUAUUUGAAAAGCUGUAUAUAUAGGGCUUUAGAAAAACUGUGAAAAUAUGUGGAUAAUACACAUCUUUUUGUAGAAUAACCCCCAAAAAUAUAUAUUUUUGUAUUCAGUUCUAUAAUGUUUGCCCUGUCACAUGUAGUAUAAGCCCUGGGAUGUACAGCUUUUCCAGGAAGCUGACAGGUAAUGUCUUGAUCCAUUUAUUGUUAAAUAUUGUAGCAAAUGUAUAUAUUUAAGUUAUGCUCUGUGAUUGUAAGAAAUAUGCUGUGAUCUAUCUGAUGUGUGAAGUGUUUACUUUUAUAAAUGUUUCAAUCUGUACAUUUUGUCUAUGUAAAUUUGUUUGGUCAUUUAUCAUAUACAAAUUUUUAUUCACAGAAAACAUGGCACUUCAGAUGUGAUGCUGAAAUGGGAAUACAUUUAUUGACAGCCAUUCAUUUACAAUAUGAACCCUUUGAAGUGCUGGGUUUUCUAUGAAUAUUGACACAAGGAGUAGGUUCCUACCUGCCCUUAGAAUCUCAUUCAACCAUUAUAACAGUGCGCAUUUUAUAGUGACAAAAUAUCUGAAAUAUGUCACAUAAUGUUUAACCUUGACAAAUAUGUAAAAAUUUUCAAAUGGUUCAUGGUGUCCAAUAAUAAAAAGUUUAUCAAUAAAUUUGUUGAUUUUG